CUGAGUGCGGGACGACUAACCACCUCAAAUGGAAGUACAGAAAAACCCCGGUCCCCAACAGACAAACAGCAGCAGUAUGUGUGAAGCCACGCAAAGGUCGAGCGAGCCUCGCAGAAAGAAGUUGGAUGAGCGCAGUGCGCCCUCGGAGAUGGCCAGGAUCAUCACUGACCCUGCCACGGGGAAGUGCUACUGCCGUGGGAAAGUUUUGGGAAAGGGUGGGUUUGCUAAAUGCUACGAGAUGACUGACCUCUCCACCAGCAAAGUUUAUGCAGCCAAAAUCAUCCCGCAUUCGCGCGUCUCCAAACCUCACCAACGAGAGAAGAUUGACAGGGAAAUUGAGCUGCACCGAGUUCUGCACCACAAACACAUUGUGCACUUUUAUCAUCAUUUCGAGGACAAGGAGAACAUCUACAUCCUGUUGGAAUACUGCAGUAGAAAAUCAUUAGCCCACAUCCUGAAGGCUCGCAAAGUGCUAACUGAGCCCGAGGUGCGUUAUUAUCUCAGACAGAUAGUAUCUGGACUGAAGUACCUGCAUGAACAAGAGAUCCUUCACAGAGACCUUAAACUUGGUAACUUCUUUGUGAGUGAGUCGAUGGAGCUGAAGGUCGGGGACUUUGGUCUGGCUGCCAAGUUGGAGCCAGUGGGGAACAGGAGGAAGACGAUCUGUGGAACUCCAAACUACCUGUCCCCUGAGGUGCUCAACAAGCAGGGCCACGGCUGUGAAUCAGACAUCUGGGCCCUGGGCUGUGUCAUGUACACCAUGCUGUUGGGCAGGCCACCUUUUGAAACCACCAACCUGAAGGAGACGUACAGGUGUAUUAGAGAGGCGCGUUAUUCUCUACCCUCUUCCCUGUCGCCACAGGCUAAGCAGCUCAUCACUAGCCUGCUAGCCAAGAUCCCAGAGGAUCGGCCAAACCUGGACCACAUUAUGAGGCACGACUUCUUCACACAGGGCUUCAGUCCAGAGCGUCUGCCUGCUAACUGCUGCCAUUCAGCACCAGAUUUCCACAUCUCUAGUCCAGCCAAGAGCUUUUUCAAGAAAGCUGCCGCAGCGCUCUUUGGGGGCAAGAGGGACAAGGUCAAAUACUACGAGACUCUGAAUAAGUUGACAAAAGAGGAAGAGGAGAUCUACAAACUGCAGCACGACCUGGAGAGAAGUGUUAUCAGCCAACAGCAGAGCAAAAAUAUUUCUGAGAGUGGAAGUCUACCUCUGCCAUCUGCCGAAAACCCCGUUGGCCCGGCAACGGAGAGCCAGUCUCCGACGACGCGUGAUACCAUCCGUCUGAUUGUCAGGGGAAGUCUGGGGAGCUGCAGCAGCAGCAGCGAAUGCCUGGAAGACAGCACGACAGGGAGCGUGGCUGAGACUGUUGCGAGCGUGUUGAGAGGAUGUCUGGAGAAUAUGCCUAAAGCCGAUGACAUUCCCCAGGGCUCAAACAGCUGCACUCUUCAAUGGGUGACUAAAUGGGUGGACUACUCCAACAAGUACGGCUUUGGAUACCAGUUGUCUGACCACACCGUGGGAGUUCUCUUUAACAACGGCACUCACAUGAGCCUCCUGCCAGACAGAAAGACUAUCCAUUACUAUGCAGAGCUGGGACAGCGCUCCGUCUUCCCCACUUGCGAGGUACCUGAACACUUUGUGGGCCAAGUGACUGUGCUCAAGUACUUUUCACACUACAUGGAGGAGAAUCUCAUGGAUGGCGGAGACCUUGUUAGUGUGGCAGAUACUCACAUGCCCAGACUCUACCUGCUGCAGUGGCUCAAGUCAGACCGCGCCCUCAUGAUGCUUUUUAACGACGGCACUUUCCAGAUCAACUUUUACCACGACCACACCAAGAUAAUCCUGUGUUGCCAGAGCGAUGAGUACAUGCUGACAUACAUCAACGAGGACCGUGUCUCCAAAACCUUCAAACUCAGCUCCCUGCUGACAUCCGGAUGCCCCCCCGACCUGCGGGAACGCAUGGUGUACUCCCUCAACAUGCUUCUGCAGAGAUGCAGCUAAUGUGUUUCGCUUGACAUUACACACACAGAUCUACGCAUUGUCUGCUGCAGUGCUGCAGUGGAGCCAUGUUUCAGAAGGAAUCUGUGUGGGAAGGACAAGAUUAAGGAUAGACUUGUGAAAAGUUAAUUAACAUUCCUUCAUUGUUGCACCUCGAAUGACUCAGCAGAGGUGAACAAAUACCAUGGACAGACUCUGCUGACUGGAAAUGAAAUGUAGCACAAUGACCGUGAAUGAUAAAGGGCUGACUUGUAUGUGGAAAGUUGGAAGAAAGACAAUACUGAGCAUGUUGGAGCGAGUAUGUUGGUACGAAUGUGAACCCAAGCAAUUUGGGUAAAAAGAGGGAUGUUUGGGAAGUAAAGACAGAUGCUGGGCUGGUACCAGCUUUAAUGUAUAUAAUCUAAUUGAUGCUGUUUUAUACAGAAAUACAUAACAAGAUGCUCUGAAUGUCACCAGGGCUAGACUGUGGAAUAUUGUAAAUAAUGUACAGUGUAUGUCACAGCCACCUCAGCAGUGCAGAUAAACGAUCUGUUCAUGUGUGUGGAUGCUCCGGAGUUAUGCUGUUUAUAUGUGUGAGUGUGUAUGCGAGUGGUAUGUGUGUAUCAUCACAUUAACUUUAAAAACUGUGAUUUAUUCUCUUUAAUGAUGGAUAGACUCGGCACAUUGAGCUUUGAGGGUUGAUGUGAGGGAGAGAAGGGAAGGGGAGAGAGUAACAUUUGAAAAACAGUACCAGGGGUCCUGAAGGAUCCCGUAAAAGCCAUUAUCACAGUGGUUGAAAAUGUCCUGAAUAACUUAUGUGUAAAAAGUGCAGUAUUUAUUUAUUUAAUAAUAAAAAAGCAUUUUCUAAAAAAAAAACAAUCUA